AUGUCCGCCCCCGUAGCAGCCUCCUCGGCCACCGUGCCCCCUAUCGACGUGAGCAACCUCUUCUCCGUCAAGGGUCUUGUCGCUCUCAUCACAGGCGGUGGUUCCGGAAUCGGCCUAAUGAUGACUCAAUCCCUCGCCUCCGCCGGCGCCAAACGUAUCUACAUUGCCGGCCGCCGCCUUUCCGUCCUGCAAUCCGCCGCCGACAAGAUCAACUCCUCUCUCCCCCAGAACCAGAACCAGAACCAGGAACCGGUAGUCGUCCCCCUCGAAUGCGACGUCACCUCCCCUUCUUCCCUCUCCUCUCUUGUCUCUUCCAUCAGUUCCGACCCGUACACCGGCUAUCUAAACCUGCUCGUCUGCAACGCCGGCGUCGGCGGGCCGCAGGUUUCUGUCGUUGACAAAGAGACUGGCCAACCGAAGAGUCUAUCCGAGUUUCGCAAACAAGCUCUGGCGGUGGACUUUGACAAGGAGUGGGAGCAGACGUUUAGAGUGAAUGUGGGCAGCGUGUGGUAUACGAGUAUGGCGUGUUUGGAACUUUUGGAGAAGGGGAAUACGUUGGCGGCGCAGCAGCAGCAGCAGGAGGGACAGGGACAGGGACAGAUGGUGUGGAAGGAGAGUGCUAGUCAGAUUGUGGUGACGAGUUCGAUUGCGGCACUCAAUAAGGCGGCUCCGGGCGGGUGGGCUUAUGGAGUGAGUAAGGCUGCGGCGACGCAUGUGGGGAAGCAGUUGGCUGUGUUGUUGCCUAGGUGGGGGAUUCGCUGCAACGUAAUUUGCCCCGGCCUCUUCCCCUCCGAAAUGGCCGCUCCCAUCGUCCAAGCCGCUGGCGGCUCCAUGACCGGCGGAGGCGUCAUCCCUCUCGACAAGAAGACGGUCCCUCUCGGCCGCAUGGGCGAUGAGUUUGACAUGGCUGGGCAAAUCCUUUAUCUGGCUUCGCGGGCCGGAGCGUACCUGAAUGGAAACGUGAUUGUCGUCGAUGGUGGACGGUUGACUACGUUUCCUAGUACUGGGUAUUAA